AUGACGGACUCGAAGCUCCUUAUCCUUGAGAUGCACCCUCGAGAGUUCUACAGCCUGGACCAAAGAGAUAUCGAGUGGGAGUUGACUCACCGAUACUCAAAGGAUAUUAAAGACAAGAGGCCUCUUGAACUUUACACCAAGUGGCUUGCAAAGCAGAUUCCUUUUCUGGGUCUGACGGGUCACACAGCCUCUUCCAGGGUCAUUCGAGAUGCUUGCGACUACCUAAGCACUAGGAAGUACGAAAAGCAUCUCGUGCUCAACGUAUUUAAUCAGCACAAGGAAGACUACCUCAGAGACCGACCUAAAGAUACCCGGACCUUCAACUUUGCCAGACGAGAGAUCGAGAUUAACUACAAGUUACGCAGUGUCCACCGCAAGGUGAAGAACUCAUCCGCCCCAAAGGAGGCAGCCUCGGCAACGUGCUUACCAGGUUUGUCCCAACCUGCUAGGCUUUCCAACCAAGCAAACGAGCCGAUCUCGGGGACUCGGAAUUCGGGAAACGUACACCCUGAUCCUGAAGAUUCCCAUCUCAGUCGUCGACAGAAGCUCCUUGCCAAAUUGGACAAGCUCAAGUCCGGAACACCACCUCCCGAGACUUCGUCUUCAAACGAGCAGAAACCUCGUGCUGGCUACACAACGGCCUCAAAACCCGCCGAUAUCGAGCGAAGACUCAAGACAGAUCUCAUCGAGACAACACAGUCACUCCAGAUCUACCAGCAAAAAGACCAAGACGAAUCACCCGACUUUCAAGAGUCUGCUGUAGGCCCUUCCCGGUCUGGAAGCAACUCUAAACCAGUCGGACAUCGCUCUCGUUCCGGAUCUAGUCGCCCUAUCGACUCGCACCUUGAGGAUGAUAGUUACCGUCCAGAAAGACUCAGCCAACGCGUCGACACAUACCGCCCCAACGACCCUCGCCAAUCUAUCGACACGUACCGUCCUGAUACCUCCCGCCGCCUUGACGAUAGAUGCCGCCCUAGUGAGAACCGUCAUCUCCAUUUUGCCUAUCGCCCUAAGGAAUCGGAGAGGAUCGGUCGUUCGGAUCUCAAGAAAUCCGUAGAGCCGACUCCAGCUAGGAACGUGGGCGAAAAAGAGGCGAAGCUGUCAUCCCGCCUGAAAAAACGGCGCACUGACGACGGUAGACUCUCUCCCUGGGACGAUAUUGAAAGACCGGCGAAGAGACAGCGACCGGCGCAGAGACAGCAGCACGAAGACUCUUUUGCUGGCGGCCUGCCCUGGGACGACGUCGAGAUGUCUCCCAAAGAGAAUCAGCAAGUUGCUCCCGUGGAUCAAAUUACGCAAGACCUUGAACCCGAAAAGAAAGACUCGGGCGUCAACAUUAGGGCGAAGCAAGCUGGCGCAUCCGAGGAUAUUCCCAUGGAGACAGGCGGAGCUGUGGACUCGGCCGAGGCUAUGGAGCGCAAGAAAGUGACCGAUUCACAGUGGAAGCAAGCUGGCAUUGAGGCGGAGGACCUCCUUGCGGUGUUGGAAAGAGAUCUCUUCUUCCAAGCGAAGCCAGAUGUUGUUGAGGCCAUGGGCGGCACUCAGCCGAACGGGGGAAGUAUGAUCGUGACGUCUUCUUCCCCGUCGCCUGUGACUUCCUACCGGAGCAUCAUACCCGACAGUUUCGGUUGGGAUGAUUACGACAAUGGCAACGAGGGUAACGACGAUGUUUACAUGGAGGAUGCCCCUGAGGGAAUGGACCAAGCUCCAAGCAGCCCCAUUGAGGUGGACCAUGGCUCAUUCCACACGAAGGAGGCAAUUGUCCCCUUGAAAACCCCGAAGCCUCUUCAGAGAGUCCCUCUAUACGAUCCUGCCGUCUUGGCUCUGUUCCGAGGCAGAGAGCACGAGAACGUUCACCUCAACAUUGCUCGCCGACGCACCGCUGUUGAGAUGUAUGAGGCUGAGGAGAAGGAGGGGGAGGAGCCCCUACCACUCCGAAGAUGA